CAUCGGCCAAUCACAGCGCAGAGAUAACUGGUGUAGAAAAAUAGUGCAACAUUUGCACGGCGGACGAUUCGGGUGGGCCGGGAUGCCUCGAACACAGGACAAACAGCGUUCAAAACGAUGGUGAACUUUUCUGUUGGGAGCCUAGCGGAGGAAAUUCAGAGAGAAGUACCGGUAUAAGGGACCUUUGAACGGACGACGCAAGCCUGCUCCAAGUACGAGGUACCCUGAACUCAGGACAGAAUGCAUUCGCCCGAACUUGUACGCGAGAAACUGUGUGUGUUCACCAAAGAGCACCUUGCAAUUAUACCAAGAUGAAUAUGUUAUCAAGAGCCAGAAAGAAGGAUAAGAAUUCGGCCAAACUCAGUCAUUCUCUCAACGAGGGCAUCACUGGAAAGUAUGUCAAGAAAGAAGACUCUCCCCUGCUCAGAAAUUACAUGUCCCCUGUGGUACGCUAUGGCCCCACCUUCCCCAGGAGAUCAGAAUCCCUCAGUCAGAUCCACGGUCAGCAGGGUUCCACCUCUGAGGAGGGGAGGAGUCCAGACACCAGAACAGCCUCGCUGCCCAGGUUCCACCAGAGAAGCUACAGUAACCAGUCCAGUGUCAGCGACUAUUCCACCCAUGGACACAGCUUCUCACAGGUAACACCAGAGUACAACCCAGGAGGGAGGACAGGGUCACUUCUGCAGGACUAUCAUACUGUAUCUGAGAAUGUCAAUGGGGAGGUUGCAGCUGCAGCAGGUGCCAUGCCUACUGUCCAGGAGAAUUAUGAAGGUCAGGGCUUCAGUGAUGAGUACUACAACCCCAUGUACCAGCACUCCUCCAUGGCUAGUUUACCAGUGCAUGGGGGUGGGCUGACUUCCUACCAGGGUAGAUCACCGUCAGGUUCUGCGUCACCCAUAGGAUCUGUAGGCAAUGUCUCCUCAACAGAUGAACUUCCUCUCCCAACUGGGUGGACUGCAGAUUACACAUUAAGAGGCAGAAAAUACUACAUAGACCACAACACCCAGACUACACAUUGGAGCCACCCUUUAGAAAAGGAGGGCCUUCCUGCUGGCUGGGAAAAAGUAGAGUCUGCAGAAUAUGGAGUUUAUUAUGUGGACCACAACACUAAGAGGGCCCAGUACAGACAUCCAUGUGCUCCCAGGUUUCCUAAGUAUGACCCUCCCCCUCCCCUCCCACCCUCGGCUUACCUGGCCAUGCAGACGUCUCAAGCAAUAGCAGGAGAGAUGGAGGCAGCUGGUAUGCAGGUUCCCCCAAGUCCAUACAUGAAUUCAGAAAUUCCAGAAUGGUUGCAAGUGUACACAAAAGCUCCUCAUGAGUAUGAUCAUAAACUCAAGUGGGACCUGUUCAAGCUGCCGGAGCUGGACUGUUACCAGGAGAUGCUGAUGAGACUGUACAGGAAGGAGCUGGAGGUGGUGGUCAUGAGCUACGAGCGGUACAGACAAACCCUGCAGCAGGAGAUGGAGAGAAGACAGAAGGAGAUUGAGAGGGACCGCAACAAGGCACAGGCACUCGCACAGAACAUAGAGACUAAAGUCUGAUGCAAAGUCCUGAGGGAUUUGAAGCUUGAUGUAUAAAGUCACACUGAGGUUCAGUAAGUAGAUUUAUUAUAGAGACUGAAGAAUGACUCAAAACAUGCCUGUAGUGCAAGGACCAAGUGAUGACUUCAACUGCAACUUAUUUUACUGAAACAAAAUCGCAAAGAUGACAUCCUUGAUCCAUAUACACAUGUAUAAUGAACUAAGAAGGAGCACUGAACUGAAACAGUUAGUUAUUGGUUGUACUGUGCCUUUAAUCCAACACCAGAGCUAUGUAAUAGCCAAAGUACAGUGUGGUAUGAUGAAGAAGCCUUGGUAGGCAGCACCUGUCUUGUAAGUCAUUGUUCAAAACGUCUUGGCAUCAAUGCCCAUCUCAAAUUGAUAGAACAAACACCAUUUUGUUUUAUCCGUGUGUGUUGUCAUUUUGUGACCAAGAAGAGGUAGGAAAAUUGAGAACUGCUCUGUUUGUUCCCAGGAAUCUAGAACAUUCUAAGGAAGGCUAUAAAUCAAUUGUUUUGCAGUGGCUACAAAAAGUCAAAGCCAAUGUCAUCAAAUGGCAGAUGAUUGCUCCAGAAAAAUUAACAGUAGGACAGUGUACUGUGGCAGGACAAUGUACUGAAGAGCUUUGACAGUGCUGCUGAAUACGCAUGUUUUGUACCAUAUUGAGAAUAAUGUAGAUACUGUAAGGGACAUUGCAAUGUGUGAAUAACGUAGGCUGUAAGUAACAUAGGGAAAAGCCAUGAAUUGCUUUUAAUUGAUUGUUCUAGUUUACUUCUGAUAUCCUUUCGACCAGAAGUUAAAAGAAAAUAUACAUUAUUGCACUGGAUUAACCAAUGCAGUGUGACCAGUAACAGAUAGAGCUUAGACAAUGUUUUUAGGUUGUAAGAUGAAAUGUCUAUAGGUCACCUGUCACUGGGAUUUGUCCCAGUGAUAUAAUCUAUUAAACAUUUACUGUAGUGAUAACUAUUACCAAUUGUGAUAAAUUGAGGUAGCCAAAAACACAGGCUUGGCAUUUUAGUCCAAAGUAGGCCAGUGCCUUUUUUUAGCAUAGGAAGAUUGAAGUGUUGACUUCAUGUUCGAUCAUAUUUUCCAAUCAUUUAAUGUAAGUAAUGCAUGUGUACUGAACUUGAUUCCCAUGAAUUAAUAGGGAGUCAGAUAUUUCCUGACUAUCUACAUUCCAUCUCAUGGUGCUUUCACUGGAAUGUAUUUUAGUAUGUUGAUUCUAGCUUUCUACGAUUGUCCUUGUGAAAGUUGUGAAUACAAUUGUGCCUGUUGUGACUACAUGAGCUAAGAUUUUUUGUCGUAAUUCAGGCAUCUGUUUUUGUACAGCUAGUAGAAGUAUGAAGAGCUUGUAGUGGUAGAGAUAUUUAUGGAUUAGCAUCUUGAGAUUGUGUAGAGGUAGUAUGAUAGGAAAUUACUGUUGCUCUUGUCAGCAACAAAUGCAUCAAAUCGUGCAUAUUGUAUUAGAGCUAUUUAUGAAACAUCAUAGGAGGUAAAUUAUUCAUAUUUAUGUCAAUACUGACAAUAGCCCACCAUAAGAAUAUGUAUGUAAUUGUAAUUGUGAAUGAUACCUUGGAUAGCUGCAGUGAAUUCUUCAUUUAAAUUUACAUGUAUUUUUAUUGCAAACAACUCCUUUAAAUGAUUUCUCCCUACAGAACUAUGUUUGUAACUUUUGUACACUUAGCUUUAGUUUUUGAAAUACUAAAUGAAACUUCUUCAGUUUUGUUUAAAAACAUAAAUCCAGGAUCAUUUUGCAUUGCUGUUUAAAGGGCUUUACCCAACGAGUCCUUGUUUUACUGUUGGAAACUGGGCAGACUUUGCUGUAAGAAUUUGAUGUUGCUGGCACCUACAUGUACUGAGGUACAUGUUUUUGUAGAGAUGUGUAUGUUGUGUGUGUAAGAUGUUCGUUAAUUGACCUGUCUUCUUUGACAUGUCAAACUGAAAUGUGGAAUAAACAAUACCACCAUCAUUUUUGA